AUGCCUCUUGAAAAACGCAUUCCUUUUAGUGUCCCUCGUCAUCAGUUGCUCGACAUCAAUCUUCGCACAUUCGUGAAGAAGAAGGAGGUGGAGAUCGAGGAGCUUUGCAAGCAGCACUACGAGGAGUUCAUCCAUGCCGUCGACGAGCUCAGAUACGUGCUGGUGGACGCGGACGAGUUGAAGCAUGGGCUGGCGAUGCAGAACACGGAGAUGCAGGAGGUGGGGAGCGGGCUGCUCGUCUCUCUUCUGAUCCUGUUCCACCCUCCCCCCUCUCCUUCCACUCCACCCCUCCCCUCUCUCCUUCUACCCCCUCUCUCUCCUUCCACCCUCUCCUCCCCCCCUCCACCCCCUCCUCCCUCCGACCACAGAUACGUGCUGGUGGACGCGGACGAGCUGAAGCAUGGGCUGGCGAUGCAGAACACGGAGAUGCAGGAGGUGGGCAGCGGGCUGCUGCACAAGCUGGACGAGCUCAUUCAGCACAACGCCAUCAAGACCAACCUCGCCUCCGCGCUGCAGCUGCUCAAAAAGUGCAAGACCGUUGUCGACCUCUGCGCCAAGGUGAACGAGGCAAUAGCAGCGGACAGCUACUACCAGGCGCUGAAGACCCUAGACGCUAUUGAGCGCGACCACCUGCGCACCAUCCCCUCCUCUGCUCUGCGCGCAUGGGUAGAGAGGGACCCCAUCCCCUCCCCCUCCCCAUUCUCCCCCAUUCUCCCACCUAACCCACGAUUUACCCCUCCAGUCCCUGUCUCUGCCUUGCUAUGUCCCCUCCUUACGAACACCUUCUCUCCCCUUUCUUUCCGCCCGACCUCCCCUCCUCUCGCCCCUCCCUCUCCACCCCCGUGCCCUCCGCAGGUGAACCAGGAGUUCAACGAGUGGAUGGUGCAGAUCCGGGAAACGAGUCAGGAGAUCGGUCGACAGGCGAUAGGGCAGGCGUUCAGCGCGAGGCAGAGGGAAGUGGAGCUUGGGGACAGGCAGAGGCAGGCUGAGGAACAGACGCGGUCAGGGGCGAGGGCAGUGGCGUACAUGUUAGAAGUGGAGGACGCGGAGGAGGAUGCGUCGAUGCUCAAGUUCAACCUGACGCCCAUCUACCGCGCGCACUACAUCAACACGUGUCUGGGCAUCCAGGACCAGUUCCGCGACUACUACUAUGACAACCGCAAGCUGCAGCUCAAUACUGAUCUGCAGUUCACGCCAGGGCAGGACCAGUUCCGCGACUACAACUAUGACAACCGCAAGCUGCAGCUCAACACAUAUUUGCAGUUCACGCCAGGGCACAGGCAGCGCGUGGGUGGUUGUUCGUUCAACGACUACUGCUCGCAGGUGGCGGGGUUCUUCAUAGUGGAGGACCGCAUCAUGCGCACUGCUGGUGGGGUCAUCAAGCCCGCUCAGGCGUGCGUGCAAACCAAGGCGCGCGCGCGGACCAAGGCACUCGCCCGGACCAAGGCGCGCGCCCCGGACCAAGGCGCGCGCCCGGACCAAGGCGCGCCCCCGGACCAAGGCGCGCCCCCGGACCAAGGCGCGCGCCCGGACCAAGGCGCGCGCACGGACCAAGGCGCGCGCGCGGACCAAGGCGCGCGCGCGAACCAAGGCGCGCGCGCGGACCAAGGCGCGCGCCCGGACCAAGGCGCGCGCCCGGACCAAGGCGCGCCCGCGGACCAAGGCGCGCCCGCGGACCAAGGCGUGCGCUCGGACCAAGGCGCGCGCCCGGACCAAGGCGGUGCCUGGACCAAGGCGUGCGCCUGGACCAAGGCGCGCGCCCGGACCACGGGGCGCAUGCGGACCACGGCGCACGCGCGGACCCAGGUGGACGUGCUGUGGGAGACGGCCAUAGCGCGCAUGCGCAGUGUGAUGGAGGAGCAGUUCGCGUCCAUGUCCUCUGCCGACCACAUGCUCAUGGUCAAGGAAGACGUAUCCCUCUUCGCCGCCGCGCUCCGGCGCUACGGCUUCCAGGUGUCUCCACUACUGGACGUGCUGGCGUCCAUGAGAGACAAGUACCACGAGCUGCUGCUGGAGGAGGCGCGGCGGCAGGUGAACGACUCGAUUGCCAACGACAAGCUGGAGCAGAUGGUGAUGCGCAAGGAGUAUGAGUACAGCAUGAACGUCCUCGCCUUCCAUAUCCAGCUGGAGCAGAUGGUGAUGUGCAAGGAGUAUGAGUACAGCAUGAACGUGCUCGCCUUCCACAUCCAGCACAUGAGCCCUUUCCAUGGUGACAAGCUGGAGCAAAUGGUGAUGCGCAAGGAGUAUGAAGCACGGACAUCAUGCCCGCGUUCCCCUGGAUCGCGCCCUUCUCAGCAUCAGGUGUUACCUCGACCGCCUCCUCACCACUCUCAUCAACCAGGCUCUCAUCAACCAGGCUCUCAUCAACCAGGCUCUCCCUGCUCCCCUCCCUCUGCUUCCCCUUUGUCUUCCCCUCCCUCCAACCCACACCCCCCCUCCGUCAUCGAUCUUCCCCACCAGAGCACGGACAUCAUGCCCGCGUUCCCCUGGAUCGCGCCCUUCUCAGCGUCGGUCCCCGAGAUCUGCCGCAUAGUGCGCAUCUUCAUCGACAGCUCCGUCUCCUUCCUCAAGCACACGGGCCACAUGGACCAGUACGACCUCGUGCGGCGCUACCUCGAUCGCCUGCUCACCACGGUGGUGAAUGAAGCGCUGCUGCGGCUCAUUGGGAACCCCACACUGCAAGUCUCUCAUGCUAUGCAGUACGACCUCGUGCGGCGCUACCUUGACCGCCUGCUCACCACGGUGGUGAACGAGGUGCUGCUGCACUUGAUUGGCAUCCCCACGCUGCAAGUGUCUCGCGCCAUGCAGGUAGCGGCGAACAUGACAGUGAUGGAGCGGGCAUGUGCAUUCUUCGCAGAGCACGCAGCCAAGUCGUGCGGCAUCCCAUCCCGCCUCGUGGACGGUGCACACGGCACACUGGCCGCCAGGAACACCCUCAGGCAGUCGCAGGCGGGGGCAUAUGAUGCCAUGCUGCGCAUCAUGAAUGAGAAGAUCGAUGACAUGAUGGCGCCUGCAGAGCAGAUCCCGUGGAAUCCCAUGGAACCGCCUGGGCUAGUGAACGAGUAUCUUACGGACCUCUGCAUCUACCUGGAGACCAUGAUGGAGACGGCCAGACAGCUGCUUCCUCUCGAUGCCUUCCAGCGGGUGAGUGGAGGAAUGAUGCGCCACAUCAGCAACGUGCUCGUCAGCCUGCUGUGUGGCUCUGCCGUGCCGCGGUUCAACCUGUACGCCAUCCAGGGAGUGGACAAUGACCUGCGUGUCAUUGAGGGGUUUGCCGACCAGGAGGAUGAGAAGAGCGGCGUCAUGAAGGACAAUGGCGAGGCUGUGCCUCUUAAGUCGCACCUUGCGGAGUCACGGCAGCUCAUCAACCUCAUUCUCAGCAACAACCCCGAGCAUUAUGCGACCAAGUCGCACCGGGAGAAGAAUUAUGGGGCUCUGGCGCCGACUAAAGUGCUCAUCGUCUGCGAUAAGUAUCGGGCACCAUUUGCAGCCGAUCCCUAG